AUGAAUAUGCGAAUUAAAUUCUCAAAUUUUUUUUUACCAUUAUUUGGAAUACUUAUAAUGACUACAAUGAUUGCAAUUUGUUCUUGGAAAAUAAUCUUUCGUAUUCAUCGGCCGAUUUAUCCACGUAGAAAUCCGCAAGUUGCAUCUAUAGCUCAAGGCUAUCCUCAACAACCACCUUAUCAAACAUUAUGGACAUCAUCACCACCACCACAAUUAGUUGAAUCACCACCACCUUCUUAUUGUACAGUAGUAGAAAAUGGAAUAGUUCCAUCAGCUGAAUUCUACAGGCAACAAUAA